AUGUCUGAACACGAAAGUGCCUCAUCAGAUGACGAAGAACGUAUCAAUGAAGUGACAAAAGCAAAAAAGCCGAGAAAAAACAUUGCAUAUCAACGUGCGGCACGUCCGACGACUUACGAUGAUGACGAUGACGAUGAUAAUGAUGAAGAUGACUUUGCUCGACAACUUCGUCUUGAAAAGACGAAAGAACUUCAAAAUCAAGCUGAACAAGUCAAAACGAAAACUGAUCCCGAUGGCACUGUCUACGAAUGGGAUCCGGCUGUUAAAGGAUGGUUUCCCAAAGUUUCCGAAGAAUUUCUUGUCGAACAUCACAUGAACUACGGUUUAGAAUCUUCGUCGGGUGUUCGCUACGAUGUUCAGCAUCAAACCUAUGUUCACGAACGCGAUGGAAUGACUUACAAGUUAGACAAAGAAACACAACAGUGGAUACCGUUGCAGUCCUAUACUGAUGAAGCUAAUCAUAUCAAAUAUACCUUCUCAAAGAAACAUAACACAUGGAUACCUGAUGUUAGCACUUAUUCUACAACAGAUUCUGAAGGCAAACAACAAACUUAUGUUUGGCUAAAAGAACAGCUUCAAUGGAAGCCUUUGUCAACCGUCGAUCAAUACACAGAUCAUACAACGGGGUUAAAAUAUAAAUGGAAUAAUCAGACAAAUAGUUGGGACAAUGAUGGUGCUGAAUCGAUCGAAGAUCAAUCUUCGACAGAACAAAAACCGCCAGCAGCAACAUCUACGUCAACACAAGACCAGAAUACCAAAAAGAAAGCAGCCGAAGGUUGGUUUGAUUUACCAGAUGAGAAGAAUUGUAAUGUAUACAUAAGUGGUCUUCCAUUUGACAUCACCGACGAAGAAUUCGAAGAGCUAAUGUCCAAAUAUGGUGUUAUCUCACCUGAUCCAAAUAAUCUGCGCAAGAAAAAGAUGAAAUUGUAUCGAGAUGAACAAGGAAAUCUUAAAGGUGAUGGAACAUGUCGAUAUCUGAGACCCGAGUCUGUGAAACUGUGUAUCGAUAUGCUGGACGAAAGUGAAUUUCGUUCGUCGAAACUUCAUGUUGAACGUGCAAAAUUCGAAGCUAAAGGAACAUUCAAUCCUGAUCUGAAACGAAAACGAAAGAAAUUGGAUAAGAAAGCGAAAGAACGACAACGAGAUCAAGUGUUGAACUGGGAAGAUCGUCCUGAAGUUAUUCGGCAUAAAUACGAACGAAUUAUCGUCAUGAAAAAUAUGUUCAACUUGCAGCAAUUCAAAAAUGAUCCAUUAUUCAUCGAUAAAUUACGAAAUUACAUUCAAGAAUCUUGCAGUGAAUACGGAGAAGUGAAAAAGAUCAAUAUAUACGAUACGAAUCCCGCUGGUAUAGUGACCGUCGGUUUCGCUGACAUUGAUCAAGCAGACGCCUGUUGUCAGUACAUGAAUGAUCGAAUUUGGCAUGGCAGAGUUAUUCAAUGUCAAACUUGGGAUGGUACAUCAAAAUAUGAUGUCGCACCGCAAGAAGAAGAAGAAAAGCAACGCAUUGAUGAAUGGCAUCGAUAUUUGAACGAGGACGAUGAUGAGCUAGAAUCCUAG